AUUUGUUCAGCCCCUCACUUUAGUAUGUGCAUAGAGAGCGUUGUGGAUGAGAAUGCAAGAAAAUCAUCUGGUGGUCUUCAUGAUGCUGCUUGUUCUGCGUGUGAGAUGGCGGUUGUUUGGAUGCAGAACCAACUCAGCCGAAAUCAAACACAGGAUCAGAUACUAAACUACGUCAAUCAGCUUUGCGAUAAAAUGCCAAGCCCGAUGGGAAACUCUUCUGUUGGUUGCGGGGAUAUCUCCUCAUUACCUGUAGUGUCUUUUACUAUUGGUGGAAAAACUUUUAACCUUCGCCCAGAGGAGGAAAGCUCUAUUCAGAACAUGGAAGAAGUGCAGAAGCUUCCAGAUGAACAUUUUUCAUUAAGUGAACAUGUUUUUCUUUAAUGUAUAUUUGAAAAA